AUUUGAUUUUUUCUUUUCACAGUUGAUACCCAAUUGCCCCAAAACCUAAACAUAACCCUAAAGUCACAUUGUGCUGUUCAGGACUGGAGAGCGCACAGAAAAAGAAAUAUGGAUGCGCUUAGGAAACAGCUCGAUGUAUUGAUGGGCGCGAACCGAAACGGCGACGUUCAGGAGGUGGCCCGAAAGUAUUAUGAUCGUGAUGUCUGCCGUCUCUUCCUCGCCGGUGUUUGCCCUCACGAGCUGUUCCAACUGACUAAAAUUGAUAUGGGCCCAUGCCCCAAGGUGCACUCGUUGCAGCUGAGGAAAGAAUACGAGGAAGCGAAAGCAAAGGGUGUUGAUAAUUAUGACAGAGAUUUAGAGGAUACAAUAGACAGGCUUAUUGUUGAGUGUGACCGUAAGAUUUCUAGGGCUCUAAAGAGACUUGAUGAAGAGGAUGCUAAAGCAGCUAUAGCCAUCUCAGUAUCAGAAGUUACCCAGACUCCAGAGACCAUUGAGUUGUCGAAGCAAAUUAAAGAGAAAUUGAAAGAAGUUGAUAGACUUGAUUUUGAAGGCAACACAGACAUGAAGAUUCGAGCUGUGGAAGAGCUUGAAGAACUAAGAGUUAAAAGAGCAGACAUGCAGGCAAACCUUUUGUUGGACGCCUUCAACAAAGAUCGUGCAUCUCUUCCUCAGCCCCUGACUAAUGCUUCUCAAGUGACACCGAUGCCAGCAGCUGUUCCAGAUCCACGCAUACAGGAAAUGAUUAACGAGAAGCUAAAGAAAGCUGAAGAACUUGGUGAACAAGGAAUGGUUGAUGAAGCACAGAAAGCAUUGGAAGAGGCUGAAGCCCUAAAAAAGCUGCCAGCAGCGCCACAGGAACCUGUACUUGACUCCUCAAAAUACACAGCAGCUGAUGUGCGCAUCACAGACCAGAAGCUUCGGGUCUGUGACAUUUGUGGAGCAUUCUUGAGCGUUUAUGAUAGUGAUCGUCGUUUAGCAGAUCAUUUUGGUGGAAAGCUUCACCUAGGUUAUAUGCAAAUACGUGAAAAGCUAGCUGAUCUUCAGGCAAGGUGUAAGAUUGCUGCCUUGAAGAAGCAAAAGAAGCCAAACGUAAAGCCCUUAAAGAAGAGAGAAGAUCGAGAGAUGAGGAGCGUGAGAGAGAACAUAGCAAGGAGCGUGGCAAUGGUAAUAACAACGAUUUCGGGAGGGAUUAUGAUCGAAGGAGCAGGGACCGUGACAGGCAUCAUGACCGAGGCCAACGUUAUGACCGUGAGCGCGAAAGAGGGAGAGACAGCACCAGCUCUCGUGGGUUUGACUCGAGGAGUCGCCAUAGGUCCCGUUCCCAUUCCCGAGAACGGACGAGAGAUUAUGACCGCCACAGGCGUCGAUACUAGCUGGGCUAGCAGUCUUCAAGGAGGCAGAUCUGCACUUUGUGUUUCCAUCUUACCAGUGCUUUUUCGGUUCUGUGACGAAGCUACUAGCGCCCUUGAUAGCACAACUGAGGCCGAGAUAUUAAAUGCUCUCAAAUCCCUUGCAAAUAAUCGCACUGCAAUAUUUAUUGCCCACAGGCUCACAACAGCAAUGCAGUGCGAUGACGUCUGCAGAGUUUGUGGAUACAUCUCAUCAGUAAUCAUUGCCUUACAAGUAGCACUAUUUUAUUAUUUCUCGACUUUGAGUGCGCUUCGAGGUUCGACCUCUAGGUCGGACUCCAGUCUUGCCUUGACCCUUGAGGCUCAGACUAUCUACAGCUGGGGGCUCGACCUGGACGUUGGGUCUAGGAGGACCGCCUUGGAAUUCUUACUUUCGAGGAUCAGGGUAAGCAUGGCUUCUUCUAGUGUUACUCCCGUCGCGCCUUGCGGCGGCCGCAGAGAAGCUGUUAUUGUCAGAACUCCGGUUUUCAGAACCAUUUUCCUUGGCCGUGGAGUUGGCACUUCAAGAUAUAUGGACAUACAGCUAAAAUGUUCGAGGAGAUCCAGAUCUAACUGUCAUGGAGGGGCUUUUGGUGUUCGAAUGAGCCUAUUUGAUAGGUUUGCUAGAGUGGUUAAGUCAUAUGCAAAUGCGCUGAUAAGCACGUUUGAGGACCCGGAGAAAAUAUUGGAUCAAGCUGUUCUUGAAAUGAAUGAGGAUUUGAUCAAGUUACGUCAAGCUACAGCCAGAGUGUUGGCUUCUCAGAAGCAGCUCGAAAACAGAUAUAAAGCUGCACAGCAAGCUUCUGAGGACUGGUACCGUAGAGCGCAGCUUGCUCUUGGAAAGGGUGAUGAGGAUCUUGCUCGUGAAGCUUUGACGCGUAGAAAAUCAUACUCUGAUAAUGCAAACGCUAUGAAGACACAAAUUGAUCAGCAGAAAGCUGUAGUUGAUAACCUUGUCAACAAUACAAGGCUGUUGGAAAGUAAAAUACAGGAAGCUAAGUCUAAAAAGGAUACUCUAAAAGCGCGAGCCCAGUCUGCCAAGACCGCAACGAAAGUGAAUGAAAUGUUGGGUAAUGUAAAUACAAGCAGUUCACUGUCAGCUUUUGAGAAGAUGGAGGAAAAAGUUAUGGCAAUGGAAUCUGAGGCCGAAGCUCUCAAUCAGCUCACGAGUGAUGAUCUUGAAGGAAAGGUACCUUUCUGUUUUAAGUAUAUAGGUGAUAUUCUCGAGUUUGCUUUAUUGGAAACUUCCUCAGUAGAUGAUGACCUUGCUAACUUGAAGAAAGAAUUAUCUGGAAGCACAAAGAAGGGAGACCUUCCAGCAGGAAGAACACCAGUUAGCAGCCUUAAGUUUCAAGAUCCAGAUGUUGAGAAAGAGCUCAACGAAUUAAGACAAAAGGCCCAAGAAUACUAGACAGUAGUGGUGGUAUUCACCUAUUUAGCAGAAAAUUUUGCUGUCAAAAAGGGGUCAGUGAUUUUUAUGGUCAAUAUACCAAGUUUUUUACAUUAUCUUAAUCCAUCAUAUGCUGUCAUAUGAGAAUUAGUGUGGAGUUCAUAUCUGCCCAUCUAAACGUUGGUGUUUGUAAUUUGUAAACCCUACAUUUGCCAUGUUAUCUGUUAAUGCUCUGUGGAGAUAAUUUUUUUUCCUUUUGUUUAUACUUUUUUUUUGGUUUUUAAUACUUUAAAGACAAAUAUUAAGCCA